CGACAUCGUGUCGGUAUAAGAACAAAGCCUUAAUUGGAAUGACGAAAAUGACAUUAUUUGAUUAAAGAUCUGCACAUAGAGGAAGAAUUACAUCCUAGAGUUCCCCGACGAGAUGUUUUGCAGCUGUCACGACAUCUGUUUCUAAAUAUUCCGACUUUUCCUCCACUUUGAUGCGAUCGGCCACCGGAGCCUUGUAUAAAAGGAGCGAUAGAAUCGCCUUUCUGCGUUACCACAGACGCCGCGGUAUACUGUGAGAAAUAGUCACCAACUCAAAGCUACUUCGUUCUUUCAUUCCACCACAAGCUUUUUCAGUAUGGUUGCUGAACAGCCCUGCGAAGUUCACUCUCAGUCUUCGCAUCCUGGUAUUGGUCUCCUUGACAACGGGAAAUUACUGGAAGACCCACCUCCUGACGCUGGAAAUGUUAGUCAAGCCUUGCUCGGAACACGCAUGGAUGUGGACAACUACCCCGUGACAAGCAUUCCUUGUGACCAAUUGACCAUGUACACUUCUGCCCAAGAGACGGUUCCCAGUUCCGCCACGGACAAUGACUAUCCAAUUGUAUCUAUAGCCUGCUUAACAGGAAACAACAACGAGGGUGAUGAUUUCGUGUUCACUGGAGACAGAAUUUGUGAUUAUGAUUCAGGGAACAACUUCGGGCAAUCCACAAGUGAACUUCGAUCAGACUCUUUGUCGUCCUGCAGCGACACCUACAGUAAUAGUGAUUACACGGACUCCUUGUGUAGCACCGACAGUUCUAAAUUCCUGCUUCCAGCAAAGCACAAGGUGAAAGAAACCAGUGAACACGACUCCCCCACCCAUGAACAGUCGACAUCAGACCAGAGAAGGUCAUUGUUAAACGUCUCAAAGAUCUCAGAAAGCGAAGCUGUGAUAGAUAUACCUGAUUGUUUCGAGAACAAAAAUUACAUAAACUCUGUAACAUCUGAUGUCUCCUGUAGCCAGUUACUGCUAAACAGAACUGAGAGCAUGUGGAGCUUUGCAAAAGAAGUGGAUGCACCUAUCAUAGGCCGUAUUGAACAUCCAGGUUACUUCUCGUCUCAACGAGAACUGUCCAGUACCAGUAAUCUCAGCUUUGCGUGUCAAAAGGCUCUUAAGUACCUUCAGGACGAGCGGGUGGCUAGCUCUCUCCUUCUGCCAGGAAGUUACAAAGACGUGUCGAAGUUACCUCCAGAUGAAGAGAAGGAUCCUGAUGACGUCGUCGACCACAACAUCGUACCCAGCGGGCGCCACACACGCAACCUCCUCGCUCUCAGCAUUUGCAACACUAUGGUGUUCAUCGCGUGCGGUUCUCUAAGGAACCUACAGAGCAGCAUCAACCAUGAAGGUGGCGUUGGCAUCACGUCUCUUGCUGUCAGCUGCUUGGGUUUCAUGCUUGGAAGCAUCUUCAGUCCGUUCAUUGUGCAGAACUUUGAUCCCUAUAAGUCCCUCCUGGCUUCUCUCUUCCCACACGUCCUGUUCAUUGCUGCUAACUUCUACCCAGUCAUGUGGCUGAUGGGUCCCAUCUCAUUCCUGCAGGGCAUCAGCACCGCAAUCAUGUGGAACGCCAUGAGCACCUACAUUACAUUCCUGGCCAAGGGCUACUCGGAGAAAAGGAAGCAAGAUUAUGAAAGCGUUCUGAAUCGAUUCUUUGGCAUCUUUUGUCUGUUGUACCAAAUCUACAUGGUCUUUGGCAACCUCAUCGCAUCUCUUGUCCUCACAUACGCAAACCCCGUUGACGUUUCCAAUGUGACAACAUCAAACGAAAGCGUAAUCAUUCCUGCACAGAAUCUAUCAGAUUACAUGUAUUCCAUAUCCAGUAACCCUAUGGUCAACUCCACAUCAUUCGGUGAUAUUGACUCCUCCUCCAACUUCUCAAUAUGCGGGUCCAAUUACUGCCACCACUACACCAUCAGCAACUCCGGAACUACAGUCAGCGACUUUGCCAAGUACCUGUUGUUCGGUAUCUACCUUGGCUGCAUGCUUUUAGCCCUCCUGUUCGUCCUCUUCCUUCUGGAGCCCCUCAACAGCCGCCUCUUCUCCACCGUCAUGACCUGCGGCAUGGUCAAAUCACAGAUGGUCUCCCUUGGAAAGUUCAUCGUGAACCGGAAGUUCGUGCUCCUCUGUCCUCUCCUGCUCUUCGGCGCCAUGGAACAAGGAUUCGCUACUGCUGAGAUUACAAAGGCCUUCGUGACGUGUCCCAUCGGCGUGCACAUGGUCGGCUACAUGAUGAUCUGCAUGGGCGUGUCCGCAAGUGUCAGCGCUUACCUUAGUGGAUGGUUGUGCAAAUACAUGGGAAGGAUUGUGCUGAUUGCUAUAGUACCAUGAGUUUUAACUGUGGUUUUACACCACAAGUGGCAGACCAAAGAAGCCACCAUAGUAAGAAUGCAGUCUCCCAAGACUUCGACUUGCCAGCUUGGCAAAUAGUCAGUUCCAUCCAGCAUUGUUGAUCUGAUAUGACGUUAUAGAAAGCUACCCAUACGAUGACAAUGCUGACCAAUGACCAUAGACGUCUGUCUGAGGGGAUGGUGUUCCGAUGUAACGAUGUUGGUGAUUGGUAAGUAAUGGGCAUGCGCAGACAUGCCCAGGAGAAGAGACGGUAAGGUGCCAGGUAGUCACGUGCUUGCUUUUGAAGUGUGUUCUGACAGGUCACCCGGAUCGCACAUCCCAAUGUUUCUGUGGAUUUGGGCGAAGAGGCAAUACAUUGUGUUAGUUUGUAUAGGCUUGUCAUUCCCCAAUUUCUGGGAAUGUAGAUGCAUCCUUUUGGCGACUAUCAAAAUUCAAGCAAUGGAGGAAUAACAAGUUCUGCUUUUCUACGCGAAAUCACUCUCGGCAUGCGCAUGGGCGUAUCCUUCCACAGUACUUCCUGCAUCGAACCACCCUCACGCCUCUGCUAGGCAACAGAAGAUUCAACAAAAUUACAAUCUUGUUCUAAACUGAAAUAUUUUCAAACUCCAAAAUGUUAAUUUUUUGUGAGAAUGCUUCUGUAUUAUUUUCCGGAAUUUCAAAUAGAAACUUUGCCACGUUCUUCCUUAGACAAAUCUGGACAUGAAAGGUUUAAUCGUUAUUCGUUUGGGAACUGAAUCUUCUGCCGCUUAGUCCGAUGCGUUGCGUGUACUACGCUCCCCGUCACUUACGAUCUGCCUAAAAUACUAUAGUCCAUUUCAGCAACUUGUAGAUAUUCUCAGAAGCAGUGUGUGGUUGCACCGUAAUAUGUAUUGUUUUAUCCCUAUCCCAGUUCAAGUAACAAGUGCAAUAUUUUAAAUCGUAUUCAUUUUCAAAUUUUCGUUUCUUUAAACCAUACAAAUUCAUUAAUUCAACGAUCAUUUCUUUUAUAAAAUAUAAAACCUUGAUAUAUAGUCUACAACUUCCUGAAAUUGACUAUAGAUACAGGCGAGCCCAUGAGAACAAUGUAUGUUUACAUACUUAAUGAUUCUUGCAAACUGGAAACCUAAAGUUAUGCUUGUUGAUGAAGCAACGAAUUCUGACAAUAUCCAUUAACUUGGUUCUAAUUGGUACUGAAGUUAGGCAUGCAUAUAAAGUGUAUUUGUAAACAAAGGUACACUCUAUGAACAAUAACACUGUCGAUGUUCCCCAUGGCGAUAUGAGGUAAGUAUUUAAAUAAUGUAUAAAUAAAGUAACAAAACUCAUUUAAAAGCUCAUUUCAUCCCAACCUAACUGCAUUUGGCCAUCUAACCCAUAUCUCUUUAGGAUUUUCAGUCUGCAAGAAUGUGUAUUUUGCCAUCCUCAUGAGAUGUAUAAUGCAAUAACGACAGUUUUUCAGAAACAUUUAUGAUUGUUUCCUGGUAACAAAGCUUCCAAAUUUUGAAAAAUCAAUGGCAUUGUACAUUUCAUGUAUAUUUGGUGCAAAAGAAAUCCAGUUAAUAGUUCGGGAACUUUGAUACCACUUUCGAUGAAUAUUGUGUAAAUGAUACCUCUGGAAAUUAUCAAAAAUCGAGUCUUUUGCACCAAAUAAAUGCAUAUUUCAGAGAAAGAAACACAGUCUUGGUAUCUCUCUUUAAAUGUUUAAAAUAAAGUUUGGGCAGUGUUGUCCCAGUUUUGCUUUACACAUGAAUUCUUCCACUUUGACUUCCCCUUUUUAUAAACUGUAACAGAUCAAAAGGUUCACUCCACCCCCAUUGGUAAAUCUAUCUACUAAACCAAAACUGUGUUUGUGGUAUCACAUGAUUGUCAUGUGAUAAAGGUAAGCGAAGCUGAUGCAGCAAUGUCGAACUCUCUCUCUUCAGUGUUUUGUGAAGAAGAGUACGUUCAAAAUAACAUUGCAAAAGUUUUGAAUAUCUUUGUUUUGUACAUAUUAGGAUCAAACUCAUAAUUGAUGCGGUUCUAAUAAAAUGCAAAUAGAGAGAAUUCAGAGAAGGGAAUAUUUGAGUUUGUCUUGUAAUGACAUGCACAACAUUUUGUGAUUGGUUUCUAUCAAAAUUUAUCAUAAUUGACAUUUUGCCAUUUUGUCAUGUUGCAAAUAUCACUUUUCAUAAAGAAAAUCUUGAGGACACAUUCGUAAAUCGAAAAUUUGCUCUCAGUUCUUUCCCUCAAAAACACCUUUAUUUAGGAAACCAAAGAAAACCAAAAGCAAAAAAAUGUGCACCUUAUCGAAAACGGAAGUCGCGUGGAAGUAUAUUUUU